UGGUUCCCAGAUUUUAGUGAGAUGCUCUGUAAUUUCGUGUCAAAUACAUUCGACUGUCUCCCACUCGUGUUCUUGUUCACUACAUUCGAAAUCAUCAAAUCGAACCUUGGUUUAAGAAAUUAUUCUGUACGUGAACGUCCACCAAUUAUUGGUCCAUUAAUUGAAUCUGAAAUGAAUUAUUUAAAAGAAUUAAAACAAUCACAAGAAUAUUUAAAUGAAAGGCAACAUAUAAAUUUAUUAAAUAAAGAAUUAUCAGAACGUCGAAUGAAAUGGCAAAGUGAAUUAGGUUAUAUUACUGGAAGUAUUUUAAGUCAGUUACAGAUUCCAAUACAGGCAGAUGACAUCAACUAUGACCAACAUUCUGAUCGUCUCAAUAAUUCCUUGAACAGAAAUAACUCUUAUUAUCUACCUUCUAGUAUAGAUGAAAAGAUUCCGUUUAAAAUGAACAAUCAAAUUUCAGAAAAGAUGAACAAAAAUCAAAACGUAUUACAUGAACCUCUUUACUCAAGUAAAACAGGCCGUUUAUUGCCUCCAACUAACGACAGUAGAUACACGCGUACAAGAAAUCAGUCAUCUUACUUCAUUUCGAGGUUAGAUUGGUUAGCUGGAGAUAUUUUGAAUAAAAAAGUUGUGAACGACGUCAAUGUCUAA